AAAAGAAGCCAUGCGCUUCCACCGGGAGUUAUAAACAAGCGAGGGAGGCUCGCGCUCAGUCGUCGCCCUGACUCGGAGUGCGCGAGCCGCAGCGAGCCAUGCUGGAUAAUAAAGUCUUCGCCUCUUUCGCUUUCUAUAGCGUACUACUUAUUUUCAAAAUGUACGUCAUCGCAGUUAUCACGGGGCAAGUCAGGCUGCGAAAAAAGGCGUUCGCUAAUCCCGAAGAUGCGUUGCGGCACGGAGGAGUACAGUACCACAGAGAGGACCCCUACGUGGAGCGCUGCAGGAGGGCUCAUCAAAAUGAUAUGGAGAACAUAUUUCCCUUCUUUUUCUUAGGCGCCAUUUAUUCCUUGACGGAGCCCACGCUGUCUGUCGCACGCCUCCACUUUUUGGUGUUCUUCCUCUGCCGAAUCGUUCACAGCGUGGCAUACCUCUGCCAGCUGAAGGCUCCGACUCGCUCCGUGGCCUACGUCAUCGGCCAGGUGCCGUGCCUCUCCAUGCUUCUGCAGAUCCUCUUUGCUGUAGCCUCCCACUGGUGAUUGUUCUCAGCCUGGCAUGGCUUCAAAGACACUGUUGCCUUCAAAAUGAUGACGUCAGCUGUGAGGACCAAGGGAUAUAUAGCUUGCGGCUGCUUUAAUGUACCUUGGAACACUUAAAGUGCAGAUACUAUGCAUAAUGUAUGUAAUGUCGCAGAUGAUGGCAAUAUUUAAGAAUGUGGUCUUUUUUUUAUUUGUGACCAAAAGUGUUUUGCAUGAAGGCUGUUAUCAUUACUAAAUGUGUGUGUGUGUUUUGGUUUUUUUUUACCUCUGAUGAUAUAUGUUUUGCUUUCUCAUUUCUAGAAAUGUUUUCCACAGAAAGCAGGAAAAAUUACCGUUCCUAAAACUGUCAUUUACCAGGCAGUCUUUUACUCAUAGAAGUGCUGUAGUCACUCCGUCAGGAAAAUGCAGUGAAGUCUAUCAGCAACCGGAGCCAUUCUAUGAAAAGGGUUAUUUCAAAAAAUAUUUUGCAUGACUGAGUAUUUUCUGAACAUGCUGUAAAAUUAUAGCAAUGUUGUAGCAAGAUGCUGCUAUCCAUGGAUGCUCAGUUGAACAGGCUGUCACUUAGACUAGUGCAUGUUUUGCGUAACAGUCGUAGCACGGAUAAUAGCACGUCAUAUUGUGCAUGUAGUUUUAUACUGAGAUCACAAUGUGGUACUGGUAAAAUAGAGCCAUCCACAUUCGUAUUAAAUAUGCAUUCAUAAGUA